AUGCGUCUGCCGGCCAACGUUGUAACGCUUAAUGCUCAGCCAGCGGAGGCGACGCCUCUGGCCGUCGCGCGCCUCCUGGCGUUCGACUUCGGGUGGUCCACACACGGAGGCGCCGUCUUCGACCCAUCGGCUCUCGACGCAACGCUGCGCCCUGUCGACCUCAACGCCAUCCGAAUCGACGGCGCCGCAGCGGGCGACGGCAUCUCGGCCCUAGCCGAGCUGCUGAGCAGGUCGGGCGCAGGCGGUGAGGGGUGCGGAGCGUUCAGUGGCGACCGCGAAUGGAGUCCCCUCUCAUUAUCUCGUGCAUGCGCUGCCGACAUGAACCGGCCUCUCGUUCGCGAGGAGGCGUUUCGAGCCGUGUACCGCUGGCUUGCCACCGAGCCCCUCACGCCUGGCUCCCUGGCUCUGCUCGCUCACCUGCUCGUCACGGCGCUGACCGACGCCUGGUCGGCGAUCCGAAAGGCGGCGGCCGCCGCCGUGGGCCGCCUCCUCCCUCCUCUACUGUCGCCCCCGCAGUUGGUCCUCUUCCACGCUCACCUCCUCUCCCUCUCGGAAGAGCUGCUGCUGGAGGGAGGCCCUGCAGCAGGAGGACCGGACUUGGUGGACGCGACGCCAACAGUUGGCGGUCGUGUCGACGCGCUUCCUCGGCCGCUCUUGCGCCGUCACUCUGAACCGCCACCGCGCUCGACCCCGGCGGGCGCGAGCGGGCCGUCCUGGGGAUCGACUGCUCCUCGGGUGCCGCCGCAGCAGCAUGGGUCGCAGUGGAAAGCGCUCGAGGGGCUGAUGCUCGGCAUCACGGCAAUGAUCCGCGCGUCGAAGCCCGCCGACGCUCUCCUCGAGGCGGGUCGCUACGAUGCGCUGCGGCCGACCUUGUACCGCCUGCUCGCGCACCCGCAAAUUUCUGUGCGAGAGACGGCGCGCUCCGCUUUCCUCGCGGCCCUUGACGCGUCUGGUGCCUCCGAUGGCGUCUUUGUCGAGGUGAUGAACCGGCUGGCUAGCGGUGCCCCCUCGGACCCGGUGUCGCAGCGCCUGCCGUCCGCACCGCUUGACCGGCAUGACGAGGCUUUCUUGCCGGCAGAGGCGCGCAGCAAGUGGGAAGAUUGCAGCCGGACAGGCAUCCCCGGGGAAGGUCUAGAGACGCUUUCGGUGGAGUCGCUCUCGCCUUCCUCGCCUCUGUCCCCGGCGGGCCGUUUCGAGCUCGAGGCCCUGGCACGCUCGCCCAACCCCGACGGCGACCCUUUUCUCAGCAUCCGGCGGGCGUCCGACUCGGCCGCUUCGCUCGCCGCCACGCUCUACGCAGGGGGGCCUCCGUGGACGCGCCCGCCGUCGGCUGGGACUGUGGGGCACUUGUCCGCUUUCGAGGCGGAGGGUCUGCUCAGCCUUGCUGCGGCUGUGCUCCCCGGCUUGCCGCCCUGCUUUGUGCUUCGGAACUGGGGACGCGUCUGGCCCGUGCUAGAGGCCUACCUGUCCCACACGGCGUCGACAGUCCGCCAGGCCUGUUCAGCACUCUUCCGUGCGGCACUCGACGCGGCGCCGACGCGGCUCCACCCCAUCCUCGUGCGACUGAUGCUGCAGUCCAUCUCCGCUGGCUGGCACGUCGACUCCACCUCUCUCUCCCGGCUCAACCCGACCACGCCAUCGCCGUCGCCCGCCGGCCCCUCCCACAGCCCUUCCAACGGGGCCUCAAGCGGAGCCUCGCUCGGCGUGGCCGCCUGCUCGCCUGCCUCGUCUACCGCACCGCAUACUGCUCGCUGGCCGCUAGCCGCCGCCUCAACGGCCGAGAGCGAUGCGGCUUUGUGUCAUCCGAAGCCGCGCCUCGAGGCCGUUAGCGAGAGGCAGCUGUCAUGGCAGAGCCGCGAGGGGCGGCUUCUGGCGCUGGAGCUGGUCUACGACUUUGUGCGGGGGCAGCACGAGGCCGCGGCGGAGGAAGUGCCCGUCACGACCUCGCGCGAGGCGGGAGCGACGAGCCCUCUACGUGCCCGUCGCGCCUCUUUCGACACGGCAGCGACGCCCCGGUCCUUCCUCAGUCCAGCGCCGGCGCCGGCGGCCACGGUUGAAGCACCGCAAUCGCUCCUGUACCUGCUCAGACAAGACCCACCACCCGCGAUCCUUUGUGCCACCAACGCGUUUUCGUUGCCGACUCCGCCAGCGAGGUCGACGCUGGCCGCGCCGAGCGAGGUGCCGCUACCCUGCGCCGACAGCAGCGCGGAUCGGUGGGUCUGGGAGUGCGAUGGCACAAACGCGGAGCGCGAGGCGGAGGAGUGGGCGCGAGCGCUCAACUGGGUCCCGUUUGGCACGUGCUUGCAGCUCUCUCUGCUGCAGGUGACUCAGUGCUUUGCGGAUCGCCGUUUCGAGGUGCGGCGCAUGGCAGACCAGCUGCUACGGCCGCUCACAGAGGUGGCUCUCGCCGCCGACCUGCCGGUGCUACAGGGGCUGUGGGCCAGCUUUCUGCCGCUCGUCGACUCUUUGCCGUGCUGGGUCGGCGCCUCCACCCUCCUCCUGGCACUCAAUCACGCACAGCAUUCGGAGGACACUCGGCCAUCGGACGUGCCACGGCCGACGGCGCCGCUGGCGCUUCCACAGCGGGUGCGCGCGCUCCUUCCCGAGCUGCUCGGUCCGGUGUCUGAUGUGGUAGCCGCCGCGACGUCGGACAAGGUGGUGGUGGUUGGAAUGCAGCUCCUCGCAAGGCUGCUGGGCACCUUUCGCUCAGACCUCGCACUUUCUCCGCAGCGCCGCGCCACUCACACGGCCCUCCUCUCUCGCGCGCUACUCGAGGUCUCGGCGCAGGCGCACCCCGACAGGAGCCUCGAGGGGCUGCUGCGGGACGAGGCUGGCGACCGCCAAUCAUCGGACACAUCGCCAUCGCAGCACCCACCUUCGCCCGUGGCUGCCUCCGGCCGCCGCGCGCUCCCCGCCCCGAUUGUUUCCGGACGCGACACAGCCCACGCGCGGCUCAUUGCGUCGUCGCUACUCACCGCCGUCCACGCGGAGCUCCCCGCGGUGUGCGAGGGGCUUGAGCGCACUGAGGGUUCCGAGAUGCUCCUGUACGUGCUCUCCUCGCUCCGUCUCACCGUGCGCGACCCGCCGCUGCUGCUCCCACUUCUCGAAGCGGUCGACGUCUUGCUCACAAAUGACGAGCGGUGCGCCGAGAGCGGCCAGUCGGUGCUCUGCGUGAUGGUGUGGCUGCUCUCGUCGCCGCUGCUCUCGUCGUUUGCGCUGCGCCAUCUACUCAUCAUUUGCCACCGGCUGCCACAGAUGCAUAGCUCAGCGACACUCUUGGAGCUGCUGCGCGCGAUUGCCGCCUUGCUCUUGCGCGACUCGCAGGUUGACUGCGAGGCCGAGGUGGUGAAGGGGCAUGCCAAUACCGCGGUGCCUUCGCCAGAUUCGCUCCGAGCGCAGCUGCGAGAUGCGAUUGUGGGCGGCGCAAGCGAUGGCAUGGCCUCCGGGGCUGACUGGGGCGAGAAAGGGACAUCCGGCUUGCCAGCUGCAGCGCAAGUGGGUUUCGAGGCGGUGGCGGAAGAUGAAGCGGACGGUUGGGACGAUUGGGAUGAAGCGGAGGUGGAGGAGGAGCCGGCCGAGCCGGAGGUGGUGCAGCAGGAGGCGGGCGCGUUUCUGCGCUCUCUCUGCGCCGGCGGCGCGGCCACUGAUACGCAGGGGAGAUCCACGCUCAGCCAGCUACUCUUGGGCGUGCUGCCAAAGCUGUCCGGGUCGGAGACCGCAGCGCUGCUCGGCGCAGUCCGAGCGGCGCCGCCUGCACCGUGA